AUGAAGUUUACAUGGGUUAUAGUAAUAGUUGUAGUGAUGGUGAUAGUUAUGACGAUGUUGGCAGAAACUACCCAAGCCAAAUCUUCAAGAUAUUUCAAGAGAGUCAAGGCGUUUGCCAGAAGAGUUUCGGAAAUGGAAGCGCGUGUUGAUGGUGAUGAUGAUAAAAAUGGUGGUGGUGAUGAUGAUGAUGACGACAAAAAUGGUGGUGGUGGUGAAGAUGAUGAUGAGAGAAGAAACGGCGAUGAUGAUGAUUGGGAUUAUGAUAAUAAGGAAGAAGAUGGAGGUCACGUGAAGAGGCGCUUAAACAAAGACGCCUGUCAGGGCUUGUACUGUCGAACUGGGCGCAUUUGUCGUCUGAGUAGAGACGGCCACCCUCGCUGCGUCUGUGCCGCUUCAGAUUUUUGCCAGGGCCACAAAAGUCCCGUUUGUGGUUCCGAUGGUAAGGUGUACUCCAGCCACUGUGAACUGCACCGCGUUUCGUGCCACGAGGGUUCAAAGCUGGGCGUCGAUCAUACAGGAAAGUUGUGUCACUCACUGUCUAAUCACACUUCAUCUGCUAAAAUUGACAAAAUUGUUGAUGUGGCGGCUGUAGUUGAUGCGUCUACCACAGCAGCAGUUGGCGAGGUGGAUUUUGGAAAGCCGAAUAAUGAGAGUGUUACUACCGUUAAAAGCACACCGACCCCAAGACUGACUACCAUACACGCGGCAUCAAACACGGCAGUUAUAAACCAUCCAGGCACCACAAUCACAACGACCACAACUACUUCAAACGCCGCAACUGCAACCACAGACUCUCAAAUUGCUGCUACGACUUCACACCCAACUACUGAAAAGAACAAAAAGGCUAAAAUCGUGUCACCAUCUUCAUCGUUGUCUACAUCAUCAGGGAGUGAAUUUGGUGAAGAUAAGUGCAGUCAUCUGAAUUACAAACACUUCAAAACCAACCUGAUACACUACCAGUGUGCCAGAACUGGAAAUAAUGGAUGCACCGCUGACCAUCAAAAGAAAACAUUGGCCGUGACAGCAAUGUUUGACUUCUACGAUCGAGACAUGAACAAACUGUUGACCAGGGAGGAAUUGGACCACGUAGAACACAAAGACCACAUAGACAGACUGUCUAGGUUCUGCCACCUGACACACAUCAUGCUGUUCGAUGAUCUCGAUGAUGAUGAGAUCAUCAACAUUGACGAGUUCUACAGAGCUUUUGGGGGCACUGUCCCUCUCCCAGUCUCUUCCUUAAAUCCGCCACUGAGAAAACGCACAAAAACGCACUUGCAAAAGCUAAAAUACUUACACAAAGGACACUCAGGUGUAAAGGAGUCAUCAUCGUCGUCAUCUGAGGACGCCCCAACUACAUUCACCACGUUGGUAUCCGUCGGGAACGCUGUGGAGUUGAAAUGCGACAUACCAGGAUCUGAGGCCAUACUGUGGAAGAGGCGUGGUCAAUUGCUGACGUCAUCUGAUGACAUCAAGAUAUUUGACGACAAUUCCCUGUACAUUGGAGAGCUGAGAUUGCAUCACAUGGGUAACUACAGCUGCCACGACGCCAAGAGGCUAGAUGUCUUUCAAACACACGUCAUCAUCGUACAAAUGCCGCCAUUGGUGAGGAUCCACCCGGCAAAACAGACGCACUCCAUGACGUCACAAUCGGCAAGCAUCAGAUGUCACGUGAGUGGAGUGCCGCUGCCGGAAGUCAUCUGGAUGAAAGAUGGCGGCCAACUUCCGCUGCAACAACAACAGCCUGCUGGAGAAAAGAGUUCCUACGCGUUAUAUAACAGCAACACAACUUUGGAGAUCAGACCCGUGCUGAACCUUGCAAACAGUAGCAGCAGCAGUAGUAGCAACAACAACAAUAUCGGUGGAUUGUUUACAUGCACUGCAAGAAAUUCAGUAGGCAAUUCGUCUGCAACUGCUUCCGUUCUGUUUGAGACAAAUGUUCCUAAUGAUGCUAAACAUACUGACUCAGAUGAAACCAGACAGUUGGAAAGAUUUGCAGUCUUCCACAAUUCAGGUUACACGAUCUACGAGUUAACUAACUGCCACAUAGAACAUCACGUGUUCGCGGGGUUUGAACUUUCAACCGUGCAGAGAGGCCACACCUCGGUUGACCCUGUCAAAACUUUGUGCUUGAACAGUCGUUCCUGUGUCUGGGGUGAUUCGACCAUGGCUAAGGAAAGUUAUCUCUACGUCAGUCAGCCUCAUCUCAGGAGGGUGCUGGUCAUCGAGGUGGUCGAUAGGUUAAAUCCGGUCGAGGUCAUAGAAACAGGACUGCCCCCCCAUCAACUGACCUACAUCGAGCACCUGGACCAGAUCUGGAUGACGACCUGCAACAAAUCACUAUACCAACACGGGGACCUGUCGGUGAAGGACUGCGACGAGGUAGUGGUCAUGAUCAUCCAGCAGGCCAGCAAGGCUCUGAAACAUCACGUCGUGCACAUGAAGAAUGUCGAACCUCCUAAUUUUAUCAUCGAGAAACUCUUCCUACCCCACCAUGACGAACCCCUGGACGGGGCGUUCAACCAGGGGUAUGCCACUUCUAAAUCGGAUCUCGGUUACUUGCACGUCAUCGAUCUCAACUCGAUGAGGUUCGUUGACAGGAUCAACUUGACGGAGCAGAAAUGCUCACCCCAGGAUGUCGGCUAUGUACCAAUCGGCGGCUACUUAUUUGUAAGCUGCAAACAGUUCCAGGAGAGCCCAGGCAGUAACUUCCACCUCGUCAUCGACUACAUCACUCACGAGAUCUUCAAAAAGUCAGACAUGGGGGGUGGCGCCAUUUACGUGUCUCCGGAUUCUCGUCACGUGGUCGUACUGGAAGAGGAUGGAAGUGGAAUAUCAGUGUAUAAGUUCACUGCCGAUGGCCGUUUGAACCAUUCCUUCGACGAAUACACGCAAUUGCACCUGAACGACAUCAGUUUCUACAGAGCUGAGACGGGCAUCGGAUACAACGCCUAUGCCACUUCCUACGUACAGAACACCAUCCUACAUCUGGAACUGCUCACUGGCAAAGUCAAUAUGAUUGAAGGGGCCGAAGGGACUUUCACUCCAGACGACAUAGCGUGGAAUCGUCGUUUCCGUAAAGUGGAGAGAGGAGGACCCUUCUUCGGGCAUCUGAUGACGUCAUCAAAAAAUUCUAUCACUGGAUUGGACGGCCAGAAAAAACACAUUCAAUGCCAUUGGCAGGACGUUGAGAAGACCACGACGAUCUCUGCACUCCCAUUGGUUGACGAUAGUGGAGUGGCGGCCGGUAUUUGA